GCACAGUCCCUCCUGAUCCUCCUUGUGGCCAAGGGUCAUUAUUUGCCAGCUGGUUCACAAGGGGGUCCUGAGGUACAGUGCUGCUUCUGUCAUUAGAGGCAAAUUUGGAGCUUUAGGGAGAAUCUGGGAUUGAGAUUCAAUCUAGGGUUAGGUUUGGGGGUCCCCCUGGGCUGGGAUUUAGGGGUCAUUCCAGGGUUAAGUUUGGGGGUCAGUCGAGGCUAGGUGAAAACAGGAGACCUGUGGGGAGCCCCUAAGCGGGCUGGGAGAUGGGGGUAAUGGUGAUCAUUUCAGGGUUCCCCUAGCUGCAUCGGCCUCCCUGAGCCAUCUGUGGCCUUCUCCUUGGGGCUGAGGCCUGGGGCGUAGUUUGAAGCCGAUGCCGCACGACCAGCGCUUCGAUUCCGGCUCCCUGCUCGAGCUUGGCCCGAGGCGGCCGAGAGCGGAGCGCCGAGCACCGCGGAACGUUAGAGCCGAGCCCCGCGCGCGGAGCCGAGAGUCUCUGGGGGAAGGACCCACCGCGUAGUCACUGCCCAGCAACGGGCGGAAAUGGGGCUCCUGUCAGGAGACGCGGCCGUUACGGGACAAGGGCAGGCCAUCCCAGGCGGGCUGCUCGGGGCACCGAGGAACCGCCGCCUGCAGCCCGAGGGCUCAGCCCCGGGAAGCCGGAUUCCCAUCAUGGUGCUCAAGGUCUUCUUCCCUUCUUGCUGUUCUUCAGCAGACAGUGGCCUUUUGAUUGGCCGAUGGAUCCCAGAACAGAACUCUGCAAUUAUCUUAGCUGUUGUUCACUUCCCUUUCAUCCCUUUCCAAGUAAAGCAGUACCUCUCUGAAGUACAAAAGGUGAGCCAGAUAGAAACUGUCGUGCUGGGCACUUGGUGUAAUAACAAGCAGGAGAAGGAAGAGAGCCUGGGCAAAUUUUUAGAUGACCUGAGUACCAUUUUUUCUCAUGAGCCUUGGCUCCAGCUUAGCAAAGAGAAAGGAAGUAAGUUCUGGAACUGCCAAACCCUUUCCAGACAAGCUGGCAUCCCCAAAGAGGAUCAGAUCAUUUUGAUCUAUUAUGACCAGCGCAAAACCAUGCUGUCCCAAUUGCAUCCCCCUGAGAUAUCUCUGGAUAACCAGCCAGGAGUUAUCACCGCUCCAGAUGCUUCAAAGCUUGCAGCUGUGUUUGACACUGUGGCCAAAAAUGAGGUGCUGUUCCUGACAGACAGGUACGACGAGGGGCCCAUCAAACUGAGCCACUGGCAGUCGGAGGGCGUGGAAGCCAGCAUCAUCGUGGAAUUGGCAAAGCAAGCAUCUGUGCCUGUGUGCAUGCUGCUGACGUGCUUGCUUUCCCUUGUCUCUGGACUUUGUAGGAGCAGAAUACUUAAGUUUUGGCCUUUGUCCUUCAUAUGGAGCAAACUCUCAACUUGUGAGCAGGUUGGAUAUCGACUAGAACAUCUCAGAUUCGUCUUUAGCAACCAAAAAGCUGAGAACCAUACCCAGUUUAUGAGGAAAGCCAACAUCUUUGUUUCACUUCUUCUUGACAUGGCUCUGGGAAUCAUGCUGCUGUCUUGGUUAUAUAGGAAGAAUCGGAUUGGUCAGCUGGCUGAGGCUCUCAUCCCAGUUGCAGAUCAUGUGGCCAAGGAACUCCAGGACUUGCUGCAGUGGCUGAUGGGAGUUCCUGCUGGUCUAAAAAUGAACCGGGCUUUGGACCAGGUGUUGGGUCGCUUCUUUCUCUACCACAUUCACCUCUGGAUUAGUUAUAUCCACUUGUUGUCCCCAUUCAUUGAAAUGAUCCUGUGGUACGUAGGUCUUUCAGCCUGCCUGGGUCUGACAGUGGUGCUGUCCAUACUUUCAGACAUCAUUGCUCUCCUCACUUUCCACAUCUAUUGCUUUUACGUCUAUGGAGCCAGAUUGUAUUGUCUGAAGAUCUAUGGCUUAUCUUCUCUGUGGCGCCUCUUCCGAGGAAAGAAAUGGAACGUCCUGAGGCAGCGAGUGGAUUCCUGUUCCUAUGAUUUGGAUCAGCUGUUUAUUGGGACUUUGCUGUUUACCAUUCUGUUAUUCCUUCUGCCCACCACAGCCCUCUACUAUUUGGUCUUUACUCUGCUUCGUCUAUUGGUGGUGUUUGUACAAGGAUUAAUCCAUUUGCUAGUGGACCUUAUAGACUCCCUUCCCUUCUAUUCCAUUGGUCUUCGACUAUGCAGGUCCUACAGACUUGCAGCUGGUGUAAAGUUCAGAGUUCUUGAGCAGGAAGUGGGCAGACCUCUUCGACUGUUGAUGCAGAUCAACCCUUUGUCGUACAGCAGUGUGGUACAGACCUACCGUCUCCCCACUUACAGCUGCUACCCCAAAGACUCCUGGGGCUCACUGUGUAAGAAGCUUUUUUUUGGUGAGCUCAUCUACCCGUGGAAGCACAAAGAAGACAAGCAGGAUUGAAGGGUGGAAAUCAGCCAAAUGUGCAAGCCCAAGCCAAAGCCAACGUUCUAACUCACUGUUCUUGGGCCAAAGUCAGCAUGAAGCUCACAGCUGCUAGCUCACUGUCGCCUGAACUCCCUUGGCCCAGAAGCUGAGACUUUAGCAGGGACAGGACUGGGCUUAAAGUAGGAAGGACUUGUGGAAGCUCUUUUAGCUUUUCCCUUUUUGUCUGAGCAUUUAGGCAAUAUUGACUGACUGGAGGGAAGGGGAAGGGGUUAUAAUGCAUCGUGGCUCUGUCCUUGAUGGCUCUAGCUUCUCCUGAGCAGGCCAUGGAGCAGUAGCUCUUUUCAGAGAAAGCUCAGUGUCCUGAGUUCCUCAACAUGAGAUGAGGAUGGCCCUGCGUAGUGGUACCCACAGGUACCACACACUACCCCAUAGUGUGACCUAGUCAGAGAUCAGUCUCUAAGAGGUAAGUUUUGUUGAACAUGAGCAGUUGCUACUGUCAGUCGUGACUGUGACGGAAAUGUGUGUUCACCGUGGGCUGCCUUCCCACUCUCCUUGACUGAGUAUGUCACUGAAGAUCUCAGAAGCAUUCAGACCAUGUGCUGACAAACAUAAGCUAAGAGGAGGUGCUUAUCUUUUAUAUCAUUUCAUGUGUUCUUGAUGAAAAACUGGCCUUUCCCUUUCCUAAAGCACCCAGGAGGCUGGUAGGUGUGCUGAGGAGUCAGUUCUGCCCCCAGAAAAACUUCUGCUCCAUUGCCGAAAAGAGUGAGCUGCUGCUGGACUACUCAAUUUCUCCUUUCAUUGUUUUCCUUUUUGCCAAGACAGUUCCUAAAUGCCAUAGCCUAUGAUUUAUGCUGUAUGUACACUGAUAACCUGAUGGGCAUCAACUCCUCCUGAUUGUUAACAAGCCUCCAGUUGUCACCAUAACUCCCUAAUGUUUAUUUUCCCUCUUCAGGGUAUGUUUAGAAUCCUCUGCAUUCCUCAUCUCCACAACUAUAUAUGUGUGUAUAUAUAUAUAUAUACACACAGAGCUCUUUGUUGUUUUUUUUUUUUUUUCAAAGAUUGUACUAAUAAAAAUCGUGUAAAAUCGA